GGGAUCCUAGCGAUUCGGGGUAGAACGAGAAAGCCGGUUUCGGAAAAAUCCACCCAAAUGGGCAGAUGGAUGCGCCACUCAGGUUUUUGUGUUUAUUUGGUUUUGCAAGCUGGGCUUCGAAAAAAUCGAUGGAGGAUCCUGCGUUGGAGCUGGACCCUGAGAACGUGACUUCGCACGUGGAGGGCCUUGCUGACCUGGUGCUGCAGCUGGACCACGACCCCACCGCAGACAAAGAGGCCGCCCAGGUGUCCAAAGACGCGGCCAAGGGCCGUCUGACCCAAGAUGCCGCGAAGAUCAUGGACCUGACGCGGGACCUGGCAGGCCCCGAUCGCAUCUCCACCGAUGGCAAGUUCUCCGAUCCGGUCGACUUCGGAAGCGGUUGGCUUUGCCAAUGCCAGGCACGCUCACCCCAGAGGCCGCAGCAGAGGCGGGCGCCGAGCUCACUGCAACUGACAUCGAAGAAAUCAUGAACCUCACGGACAAGAACGGGCAUUUGGUGCACCUGGAGGAGACGAAAGGAGCCUUUCAAGGCGAUAUGGUGCCAGAGGACCAGGCGCAGCUGCGUUCCUUCAUCCAGCUGGCGGAAUCUUCGUCCUAUCAGAUCGGCGCCGGGAAGGCGUACGGGAGGCCCUGGCCUGGAGGCAUGCUGAAGUACUGCUUCCAUUCCAAUGUCUCACAGUCCCUUAAGGACACGGUGCAUCUGGCAAUCAAGCAGUACCAAAAGGCCGUGCCUUGCAUCAGGUGGCAAAAUGUGGGCUACAAAAGCGGCGACCUUUGCCACCAGUCUCCUGCAGUUGUGAUCAAAUCCGAGCCAAAAGGCUGCAAUUCCUAUGUGGGCCUGGUAACAAGCACAUCCAAACCCUGCCAGAUUCUGAACUUGCAGGAGCCCGGGUGUCUGUCGGUGGGCACCGCCAUCCACGAGCUGGGGCACGCCCUGGGCAUGGGCCACGAGCAGGCGCGCCCGGACCGGGACCACUACGUCACCAUCCACUGGGACAACGUCCAACGCGGAAUGGAGCGCAAUUUUGAGACGAACAUGGAGAAUAGCACACACCCAUAUGACAUCUUGUCGGUGAUGCACUAUGGCCGCGACUUCUUCGCCGUCAAUGAGUCCCUUCCAACCAUGACAAUAAAAGCUGCGGCUUUCAGGCUGGGCGUUUUGGAAGAUUGCGGGUACUCGAUCAGGUUCCUUUGCUGUUUCAUGCUUCCAUUGGGUUCCCAUUCGUGAAAUGUCCUCGCCGCCGGGCCGCCAGCCGCCAGUGCCGCCGGGCACGAGCCCGAAGAAGUGGGGAAGCUGGACAUCGGCAAUCGGAUCGGGCUGUCUCAGAUGGAUGCGGAUCAGGUGGCCGAUUUCUACAAGUCGGUGGUGAGCACGUGCCGAGCCAGCGAGCUGCAGAACUUCACAUGCACAGAGAGGGAGUUGGAUGGCAAGCCGUGGGCGGAUCGAUACAAUCAAAACUGCUCCGUCUACCUCAGGAUGCAGACGAGUGGCCAAAUCAAAAGCUGCGGAGAGCCGUUUGGGUCUGGCGUUUUUUGCUGCGAGUGCGGGGGCGGGCUGCGCUUGCAAACGUGGUCACCAUGAGGCAAGCGCCAAGUGCCCACACGCGGCCUGGAAAAUAGAACAUGGACCCAUGCCUCAAUGUCAGUAGACUGAGUUGAGAG